GGGUUUGCGGGGCUCGCAAGACCGAGGCUGGGGCCUCCAGGUGGGCACAUCUGGGAGGCUGAAUCUGCCAAUAGGCCCCCCUCCUCUGAGUCCAGCUCCGCAUCUGGGCGCCUCCGGCCCAGGUGCGCAGGAAGGAGGCUGUGGCUGUGUCGCGCAAAGUCCCUCACGGCCGCGAGGUGGCGCCAUAGCUGCAGCAGCACCCGCCGGCCCGGGCCGCUCCAGAUAAGAGUGUGCGGAAAGCGCGGCGGGGCUGAGACGCGACCAGGACGCGGGGAGGACGGACCAGCAGGACAGACCGACCGGGGGCCCGGCGGGCGGAGGGCAGCGCAGCCACGUCCCCCCUGGAUCCGCCGGCAGCCGGGCCCGGGGCUUCCGACAUGCCCCCCAGGAGAUUGUGCUGGGCAGACGAUGCUGGACACGAUGGAGGCGCCCGGCCACUCGAGGCAGCUGCUGCUGCAGCUCAACAACCAGCGCACCAAGGGCUUCUUGUGCGACGUGAUCAUCGUGGUGCAGAACGCCCUCUUCCGCGCACACAAGAACGUGCUGGCGGCCAGCAGCGCCUACCUCAAGUCCCUGGUGGUGCAUGACAACCUGCUCAACCUGGACCAUGACAUGGUGAGCCCGGCCGUGUUCCGCCUCGUGCUGGACUUCAUCUACACCGGCCGCCUGGCUGAUGGGGCGGAGGCGGCGGCGGCGGCCGCCGUGGCCCCGGGAGCCGAGCCGAGCCUGGGCGCCGUGCUGGCCGCCGCCAGCUACCUGCAGAUCCCCGACCUCGUGGCGCUGUGCAAGAAGCGCCUCAAACGCCACGGCAAGUACUGCCACCUGCGGGGCGGCGGCGGUGGCGGCGGCGGCUACGCACCCUACGGGAGGCCGGGCCGGGGCCUGCGGGCUGCCACGCCCGUCAUCCAGGCCUGCUACUCGUCCCCGGCCGGGCCUCCGCCGCCGCCCACCGCCGAGGCGCCGUCGGGCCCCGAGGCCGCGGUGAACACGCACUGCGCCGAGCUGUACGCCUCGGGCCCCGGCCCGGCCGCCGCGCUCUGCGCCCCGGAGCGCCGCUGCUCCCCGCUCUGCGGCCUGGACCUGUCCAAGAAAAGCCCGCCGGGCUCCGCGCCUCCCGAGCGGCCGCCGGGCGAGCGCGAGCUGCCCCCGCGCCCAGACAGCCCUCCCAGCGCCGGCCCCGCAGCCUACAAGGAGCCACCGCUCGCCCUGCCGCCCCUGCCUCCGCUGCCCUUCCAGAAGCUGGAGGAGGCCGGACCGCCUCCGGACCCGUUCCGCGGCGGCGGCGGCGGCGGCAGCCCGGGACCCGAGCCCCCCGGCCGCCCCGACGGGCCCAGCCUCCUCUACCGCUGGAUGAAGCACGAGCCAGGCCUGGGCAGCUACGGCGACGAGCUGGGCCGCGAGCGCGGCUCCCCCAGCGAACGAUGCGAGGAGCGAGGCGGGGACCCGGCCGCCUCGCCCGGGGGUCCUCCGCUCGGCCUGGCGCCGCCGCCGCGCUACCCGGGCAGCUUGGACGGGCCUGGGGCGGGCGGCGACGGCGACGACUACAAGAGCAGCAGCGAGGAGACGGGCAGCAGCGAGGACCCCAGCCCACCCGGCGGCCACCUCGAGGGCUACCCGUGCCCGCACCUGGCCUAUGGCGAGCCCGAGAGCUUCGGUGACAACCUGUACGUGUGCAUCCCGUGCGGAAAGGGCUUCCCCAGCUCGGAGCAGCUGAACGCGCACGUGGAGGCGCACGUGGAGGAGGAGGAGGCGCUGUACGGCAGGGCCGAGGCGGCUGAGGUGGCUGCAGGGGCCGCCGGCCUCGGGCCCCCUUUUGGAGGCGGUGGGGACAAGGUCGCUGGGGCUCCGGGGGGCCUGGGCGAGCUGCUGCGGCCGUACCGCUGCGCGUCGUGCGACAAGAGCUACAAGGACCCGGCCACGCUGCGGCAGCACGAGAAGACGCACUGGCUGACCCGGCCCUAUCCGUGCACCAUCUGCGGGAAGAAGUUCACGCAGCGCGGGACCAUGACGCGCCACAUGCGCAGCCACCUGGGCCUCAAGCCCUUCGCGUGCGACGCGUGCGGCAUGCGCUUCACGCGCCAGUACCGCCUCACCGAGCACAUGCGCAUCCACUCGGGCGAGAAGCCCUACGAGUGCCAGGUGUGCGGCGGCAAGUUCGCCCAGCAACGCAACCUCAUCAGCCACAUGAAGAUGCACGCCGUGGGUGGCGCGGCCGGCGCGGCCGGGGCGCUGGCGGGGCUGGGGGGGCUCCCCGGCGUCCCUGGCCCCGAUGGCAAGGGCAAGCUCGACUUCCCCGAGGGCGUCUUUGCUGUGGCGCGCCUCACGGCUGAACAGCUGAGCCUGAAGCAGCAGGACAAGGCGGCUGCGGCCGAGCUGCUGGCCCAGACCACGCACUUCCUGCACGACCCCAAGGUGGCGCUCGAGAGCCUCUACCCGUUGGCCAAGUUCACUGCGGAGCUGGGCCUCAGCCCCGACAAGGCGGCCGAGGUGCUGAGCCAGGGAGCGCACCUGGCCGCCGGCCCCGACGGCCGGACCAUCGACCGUUUCUCCCCCACCUAGAGCGGUCUUGCCGCUGCGUGGCCCCGGCCCGCGCCCCUAGGCAGCGGCGGCGGUGACCACCAGCAGGCAGGCACACCGCGCCCGACGACUGUAGUAGCUGCGGCAGCGUCGCCGCAGGGGCGGCGGCCCCACCUGGCCUCACUGCUUUGUGCCUUAGCCCGGG